UUUUGAAAGAUGGCGACUUACAUUCGCUAAAACGAAAAAAAUUAGAUUUUUUGUUUGUUUUAGUCUUGUUUUGAUAUAGAAAAAUUGUCAACACAAAAAUAAUCUUUACCAACACAAAUUGACCAAUUAUAUAUCCUUUUGCCUGAAGCCGCCAGCAUGACAAACAUGCAGGAUGCAGAUGAGUCGCUAGAAAUUGCACGUUCUGAGAAUGGAGAUUCUACAUCAAGCGAGCUUGAAAGACUUAAUAAUGUUUCACCCUGUCCUUCUGGUGCAGAUUCACCAACGGAAAGGGGAAUUGCAAAAACGAAGAAACAGGAAGAAACCAUUCUACGGUUGAUUGAAGAGGCUGCUGCACUCGGGACCAAUACACUAGACCUCAGCAACAAGAAAAUGAGACAAAUUCCGUCAGAAAUUUUGGAAAUGCCACAGAUAGAGUACCUAUACAUGGAAGGCAAUGAACUGAGCACAAUACCUGAUGAAUUGUUUGAUAAACUACCAAAUUUAAAGUGGUUGGAUCUGAGAAGGAACUACAUUGUUAGGCUUCCAAGUGUAUACACUGGUCGACAUCAAAAUCUUAGAAAUCUUUUAUUAGAAGGGAACAAUCUUCGUACAUUACCUUUAGAAUUAGGUUUGAUUAAAACUCUGCAUGGUCUCAACAUAUCUAAUAAUCCACUUGACUUUCCUCCACAAAGCAUUAUUGAAAAGGGAACUAAUGAAAUCUUGAAAUUCUUGCGAGAAAUGAUUGAAGCCAAAUCUUCGGGGAAACUGCUGAAUGGAAAGAGAUCACGUAGACGAUUGGUACGGCAAUACAGUGACCCAACAGGUGAACCGUCGCCACUUCCAGCAUUACGUCUUCAAAAUCAGCACAGCAAAUCCGCCGGCAUGCCUCAGAGGUUAAAGACCGGUUUACGACGUUCCGCACAUGCCAGUAUACAGGCACAUUCUGCCCGGCUUGCCUCACAACAGUUUCCAAUAGAGGAGGAACCAGUCGAAGAAAUGUCUGAAAAUCUAGUCAAUGAUGAACAAAAUGAUGAUGAUCUAGACGGAUCAAGUUCUAGUGAUGAUGAUUGGGACGAGGAUGGGGAUCUCAAACAGUAUGCAUACAGACAGGCGCAUGAACGAACCAUGGUAGAAGAAGCAGCAAAACGUGCUACGUCCGGACAGAUUGUUCCGUUAAAUAAAACGGCACAGUUACAUAGACCCGUCAGUUAUACUUCUAUCAAACAAACCAAAGAUGAAAAAAUUAAAAAAGCUGGUGCUAUGGGGACGUUAGUCAAACAGAGGAAAAAAUCUUCUUUGAAUAUGAGUAAAUCAUUAGAAUCAGCAAACCAAAAACAAGGGCCCCAGUCUGCCACAAGUGUUCUAGAUUGGAAGGUGAACCCGUAUCCCGAGCCACCGCCCCCAGAUUAUGUUCAACUGAGAUCAAAAGAAGAAAGGCUUCAAGCAAAAGAAAAGGAGUUUAAAGAAAAAACAGAUGCCAUAUUGCAACGCAGGAAAGAUGAAGAUAUGUUAAAGGACUGGAGAAAUGAAACAAAGAGACUACAGCAAAAGAAAUAUUUUGAAAGCCUUAGAAAAGGAACUAAAGAUUUUCUGGACCCAGUACAACAAGCUCCCUUCGAUAUAGAUCAGGAUUAUAUAAAAUUGCCAACCAAUGAAGAGAGAAUAAAACAUGAUGUCAAAAUGGCUCAUGAAAAAAUCAGAAGACAAGUGUCACCAGCAUCAAGGCAGAGGAUAGAAGAGGAAAAAGCACAAAGGAUAUUACAAUUAGAAAAAAGAAUUAAAGCACAUACGUCACAGAUGCACGAGAGACGGAAACAACCAAAGGGAUCGCCUCAGGAAGAGAUGGAGGCUGCGCGGAGGGAAUUAGAAGUGGUUAAAAUGCUGCAGAAAGAUUUGUUACGACGUUACACGGAGCUCAAACAGUGGACCACAGCCUCUGCUAGUCUCAGAUGGCCGUCCAAGUUCUGCUGAGGCGCUUCAUCGUGAAUUAAUGGCAAGACGUAAAGAAAUGGAGUACCGUUUUCGAGCUUUCAUUGCUGAUGUUCCAAAUUCAUUUGCGAGGGCUAGAACACUAAAACCUAACAAGUGAAAAUAUUGCAGUGAUAUUCAGAUUUCUUUGUUCUCUUUUGUUGCCAAAGUUACAACACCAUACUCUAGAAAAGAUAACUGUUUGCAACAACAAUAUAUAUUUUCAAGGGAGAUAAUUUAAUUUGCCAAUUGUAUACUUCGUUCUGCAAAUGUCUGACACAGGGGAGAAAACUUUUGUUGCAGAGAUGUGUUUAAGGGAUGUUCCUACUUUUGCAAAAUUUUGUUACACAAGGAACAGAAAUGUAACUGUCUUCAAGGCAAGGAGAGUUAACAAAUUUCUGAUUGAUCAUAGUGUGAACCACUUCCAAACACAGUCUUAAAUGAUUACUUAAUAGUACUAAUUUGUUGACUGUAUAUGUUAUACAUGUAUAUUAUGUGUAAUACAUGUAUAUUAUGUGUGGUACAUGUAUACUGUGUAGUGUUCAUAUAUAUUAUGUGUAAUACGUGUAUAUUGUGUGUAACACAGUAUGUGUAAUACAUCUAUAUUAUGUGUAAUACAUUGUGUAAUACAUGUAUAUUAUGCCAUUACACAUUAUAUCUGUAAUACAUGUUUAUUAUGUGUAAUACAUUUGUUUAAUUGGUUAGGAAAAAAAUGAUAACACUACAGUAUUAGAAAUAUAUAUUAUUUUUGUAUUAGUGAUGAAAAUUAGCUUUUAGUUUGAUACAUGGAUUAUUAGAUAUAAUUAUAAACUAUCAAUAUAGUUUACAUGAAAAACGAUCAAGAUAGUUUACAGAAAAAAAAGGAAGCACAAAAGUGUAGGAAAAUUACAAGAUUAACAUACCUCAGGAAUUAUUUACUGACAUGCAUUUUUCUAAGCCAUUUAACAUUAUUUCAGGAGCUACGUACAUUAUUCUUGCCAUGAGCUAUUAGAAAAAUGCUACUAGAUAUGUUUUAUGCAAUUUGAUUACAUUUGUGGGGGAGCAUACGGUGCCAGUUGGUCCCCCUGACACUUUGAUUGAUUUAUUGACCAAUAUAUUAUCUGGUAAAUAUUGGAUGCAUUGACAUCUAUUCUUGGAUGGGGCUUUCUAUAAAUGUGGUCAUUUAGGCUAAGAAUAGAUUGUUUACUUUUUCCUCAGGAGAAUCUCUGUUAAAUGACAAUUGUCUUGGGUAUUUGGGGUGAAGUUACCGGUACAUCCCUGGGGUGAGGGAUAAAGUUCAUGGGGUCAUUCUAUCACUGACUACCUAUAGUAUGGCAAUAUUUUUUUUUUAAAUCGCCAAAUUACUUUUCGGGAGCAUCCAUCUCUCUUGGUUAAUAAUUUUGUUUGUGUUGCUAUUGUUAAAGGGAGCUCAAUCUUUCACUCUUGUUGCCAAUAUUGAAUGUCUUUGACAAAUACAAAAAAAAAAGUGUUGCUUUGAAACUUCUAUCUUUAAUUUCAUAGGCAUUUUUUUGAACAAAUUAUAUUACAAACCAAAUUUUGUAACUGAUUAUUUUUUUCUUUUAUUAUUUGUUAAACUAUGUGCCAGAUUUUAAGUGUCAAAACUUGUAAAUUUUUUCAUGAAUAUACUCUUUGAAAAUUCCAAUAAUUGUGUGGAUCUGUAUUUUAAAUGUACUGAUUUUUUUUUUAAUUUUACAAUUUUUUCUACUUAGUUGUGCAAUUAAGAAAAAUGUGCUAAAUUAAUUCAUUUUUUUAAAAUUUUGUCACUGGUAAAACCUAGCUUAACAAAAAUAUUGUAUUAUAUUAUGUUAAAAAGCAUGCAUAAUGAUGCUUUUUUGUGUUAUUUUAAUAAUAUCUUUUUUUAUUCUAAGCGAUAUAUUUAACCCAGCUUCGGUCUUAUGACUUAUCUAUGUUUAUCAUUGAAUAUGUUGCUAAAAGCAAAAGUAUCAUCUUUUUUUAUCAUUUCAAAAUAUUUUCCAAGUUUGUCAUACCCUUUUGUUGCUAAUUUAUUCAUUAGCUUUAAAAGCAUUGUUAGAACAGAAUAAAAUAUGUCACGUUUUGUCAUUGAAUACUGUUGAAGUCUUGUAAUGUUGUAAGAGAAACACUUGGUGACAUUAUCUAUUUUGCACUUUGAGCCAGCUUUGUUGCUAUGUUUGUAAAUAGUGGGAUUUUUUUGUUUGAUUUUGAAAGAAAAAGAUAUUUCUGUAAAAGUCCAGCCUUUGAAAUACUUCCUUCAAACAAAUUCCAGCAUUUUCCCCCAAUAUAUUUAGAUAUUUUGUAUCUGAAUCAUAUAUGGGGGAAAUGUUUCCCACUAGGAUUAGAAAAAAAUUCCCACCAGAUUUAUAUAUGGGAAAAUGUUUCCCCACCAGGGUUAUAUAUGGGAAAAUGUUUUACCACCAAGGUUAUAUAUGGGAAAAUGUUUUACCACCAGGGUUAUAUAUGGGAAAAUGUUUUACCACCACUAUUAUAUAUGGGAGAAUGUUUUUCCACCAGGGUUAUAUAAUGGGAAAUUUGUUUUCCACUAGGAUUUUUUAUCAGAAAAUGUUAAAUGUCUAUAGAUACUGAAACCCUGCUCAUGUUAUGUUUAUCUGUGUCAUAUUUCUUUAUAACGUUUCCAUAGAAGCAUGUUAGACAAAUGUUCUUUUCAAAUUUUGAAAAUUUUCACUACCUUCUGCUAAAAUAAAAGUUUUCUGUUCAUUUUUUUCAACCAGUUUAUCACUGAUAUUUCCAUUUGACUUAAGAUGUGUUCAGUCCAUCAAAAUGUUAUUUGUUUGUGUUAAACAUUCAUUACUUGUAUUCAGUCUGAUUCAUUUAUCAAAACUUCUAAUGUAAGUAGACUUAACCUCCAAAUUUAAUUUUUGUGUGCCAUCGUUCUUUGUUUAAACUUUAAGAACUGAGGCACUGUUAAUGUUUUUAGAAUGACAUGUUUUAAUCUUUCUUUAGAAUGACUUUGGACAAUAUUUUAACAAUUUUUUGCAAAUUUAUGGACCCUUUGUCAUACACAGAUGUAACUCUUACCCUUCUUGAACCAAAAGUGGUUGGGCUAUACCAUUAGUAUAUUGACAGGUGUAUCUACAUUUUUUAAGACUGACAAUACUCAUGGUUGCUUCCAGUUCAAUUUUGUCUCUUAUUAUUAAAAUCCCUUAAAUUUCAAAUGGACUGUUCCAUUAAAAUCCAAUUCACAAAAUGAGCAGCUUUAUUGGUAAAAGGCCAUGUAAAAUAUCAAUGCCAUGUGACUUGACUUGAUAUUGUCAGCUACCUAUAUUUACUGUUGUUAUCUUGAGACCCCGAACAAAUAAUAUUGGGUAUGUCCAGAUUAAAAACAGGAGACAUUUAAUAUAUACUUUUAACAUAAAAAUAACACAGACAGUAUCUUUAAAGAUGUCUAUUCUUUGUUUAGACAUGAUAUUUUUAAUGUUUAAUGAUGGUUCUUUAAACAUGUUUGACUGUAUUGUUUGUUUAGACCUAAUAUGGUCUUUUAAACAGGUUCAACUGUUGCAAAGACUUGUGCCUUGAAGUGUUUUGUUUUUAUGUUGAUUGUUUUGUAUUAUAAAUACUAAUGUUGAAAUAUUUAUUUGUAAAUAUAAGUUUGAGAAAUAAAGGAAAUAUUGCAAA